AUGUCAUCCCCACAUCAAAAGGAAUGUCUUGAUUAUCAGAUGAACAAUUCCAAUUUCUGCAAGAUGAUCUGCAUGAAAAGGACUCUUUGCCGUAAAUACAAGCAGGCAAAGAAUGGCAUCGCCCAAAGUGAAAAGGCUUUCAACAGAUUCAAUGAAGCAGUGCCUGCAGCUUCAAAGAAAGAAUGA